AUGAGUUAUUUUGUGUUUGGAGAGGUCGUAUAUAAUCAUUACAAAGAGCAGGCCCUAGUAAAAGCCGAGGUUAGGAAACAGAUUCCUGAAGAAGUAUCAGACGUUGCCUUGCGAAAAAGCACUGAAAGAGCUCGAAAGAUGUAUAAACUUUUUAGUACUAUAGACCCUGAAACUACAGCUCCCACCGAAGAAUCGGUUCAAAUUGCCAGCAUCUCUAUAAUAUCUACUCGCGAACCUGACCAAAAAUCAUCAACAAAUAUUCCCGAUCAGCCUGAGACUAACGUCAUGGCUCAAAACACUCAGGAUACCACGGCUGAAGACACUACAGCUCAAAACAUUACAAGCACACUUGACGCCCUUCAUCUUGAUCCUCCAAUCAAUUCACCUGAAACUGUGGAAUCCCUUCGUGCGUAUGAGAAAAGGCCAGAUCGCAUGGGAAAUAAUUUCAGGUGGCCCACUUCGAUGCCUGAUAUCACCAGAAGUCAGGUCUUCUGGGCUCUUACCGAUGAUUCUGGUAACGUUCUCGAAGGUGACCGGGAAUACGCACUUAAUUGCAUUUACUUCUAUGACAGUCUCGACAAGGGCAUGUUUGAUGGCCAUGAAAAAGACUGGGUACUAAUAUACGAACAAACAGUGAAGAAGUAUGAGUCAGAAGAGUAUACGAAUCAGCAACUGGGGGACCUCGAUGAGGAAAUGCCUGGUGCCCUUUACCUUCCACUUGAUCCAAUACUUCGCGAAAAGUACGUUAAUCCUUACAUUCCUCCAGCGAGGGCAGUGCUUGCUCGGCGCAAUAAUUAUGGAGAAUACCUGAUCAAAAGAGUCGGAGCGGGGGAUGAAAGUUCAGUCAAAUUUGGGUAUCAGUUUAAUGAAAAAAACGAUAAUGAUAAGCUAUACAAAACCUUUAUUGAUACAGGUGCUCCAGAAACGGUAUUAGCCUAUAACGUUCGUCGAAGCCUUGGAACAAAAGGGUGGCUGAGGCGUUCGGGUCAUGCUACUGGGUAUGGAGGCCCUGCUAAAUUAUUUUUGGCCCGUGAUCCAUUUGCAGUGUCUAUCGAAGAAAAUAAUAGUUGGACCCAUUGGGUCCAAAUCAAUACGCUUCGAGUCUGGGAAGCGUUUCCUGGUGAUCAGAUGGAUUCUUCCCUGGUUGGGGAUGACGUGUUAAAGCAAUUGACCUAUGUGCACCUACAACAGAUUGCUGUGACUACUGGAGGUAAUAAUUCAGCUACGCUAGAUGAAAACUCAAUACAAAAUAUUGACAUUUUUAUCAAUGAUUUAUCUCCAGUUUCAGCGCAGACCAUAGUAUGCAUAUUUCGAAAAGCAAUUCGAUCUGGUCAAGAUACAAUUUUACAUUGGUAUCACUUUGCUGGAAAAUAUGACAGAAGAAUAGAUGAAGUUUCU